AGAAUACAUCUCAGUUUUCCUAUUUUCUUGCUUGCAUGUAUUGAGAGAGAUAGAGAGAGAGAGAGAGAGAGAGAGACCCAAGAAGUUGGGAAUUUGGUUCUGAAGGCCAUUGUCUUGUAAAGCCUUCAACCCUUUUCAUCAGGCACAAGAAUAUCACUAAAAUCCUCUUGUAAUUGGGUUUUAGAGGAAGGGAAUUGAACAAAGUUGCUACAUUUUCCACCAUGACUAUCAAAAUCAAAGGAAUUUAUAAGGGAUUCAGAUACAUAACUCAAAUCUUUGUUGUGAAGGAGAGGGAAAUGGAAAUUGGGUUCCCAACAGAUGUUAAACAUGUUGCACAUAUUGGAUGGGAUGGCCAAUCUGGCAGUAGUGCACCUAGUUGGAUGAACGAGUUCAAGACAGGACCAGAUUUUGCAUCGACGUCUGUCGGCAAUUCUGGUUCAGCUUUCUCCCCAUGGUCCUCUCAAGAUUUUGGAGAAAGACUAGGACGACAAACAGCAUCUGACAUGUUCACAGAUAUACCACCCACAGACAUGCCUAAUAUUCCAAAGAAGCAGAAACAUAAGAAGCAGAAAUCAACUUCCUCCCCAAAAUCUUCCUCUUCCUCGACGAGGUCAUCACGAGCAGCGAAGGUAAAGGCUAAAUUUUUAGAAGGAAAUGUCAAAGCUUCGACAAGCAUAGAAGUUGCGUGAGACUAAUAUAAAAGUUUAUGGAAUACCCUUUUCCGUAUUUGGAUAUUAGUUAAGAGAAUGCAGAAGCUCAAAAGAGAAGAAAAUCUUGUGUAUAUACCUGAAGACUAGGGAUACUUGGGACAACAGAUGAAUCCUUUUCGAAGAUAAUGCUGAUUAAAUUUUCUUUUUUCUUUGUUUGACCCCUUUUCUUGGUUUUUGUUUGUCCCGUUUUUUUUUUUUUUUUUGUGAAAAUUCUUAAGUGCAUGUAAAGAGUAAAUUACUUAGCUGUGCGGGUGUAAUACUAAGCUAACUUAAAUUUGUAACUUAAAACCUUUACAUUACCAGAUUGUGAAUGGUAGUAUUAUUUUCCAAAGUUCAGGUAGACUGAGAAAUUGAAGUCCAACCAUUCUACGAGUA